AUCAAUGAAUCCAUUGAUUUGUUGCAACUAUUGCCAAAACAGCGAUCGUAUUGGACUUAUAACGGAUCACUCACUACACCACCACUUUGGGAGACAGUUAACUGGAUCAUUUUCAAACAACCAAUCCUAUGCACUGAACAACAGCUCGACUCAUUCAGACAAUUGUCAUAUUUUGCACAAACCAAUGGACAAACCAAUGGACAGGUGUCUCAUUGUAACGAAUGUGAUAUCACUGUAGAAGAGAACUAUCGCUCACAACAGCCAUUGAAUGAACGGACAAAGUCGUCCUCACGAGUAGUUCAUCGAGUGGUCCAUCGAGUGGUUCCUCUUGAGGUCAAAGUGGAGUCCAACGAACCAAUGGAAGGCUUGUAUGGAUUGGUGUCAGUCUUCGUGAGAGUUGAUCCAAAUCUAUGGCUGAGAUUAGAGGACGAGAGAGAAGACAAAGUAUUAAAUCACAAGACAUUGAAUACCUCAAGACAUGGGAUCCGUUGGAGUCGAUGGAAAGGUGUUGAAGAGUCGACAGAUGUGUUGAGACGACUGUCCAAUCGAUGGCAACCAAUGUCUCCAAUCCGCUGA